AUGGACAUACUGAAGGCAGAAAUUGCACGUAAAAGAAAGUUGCUAGAAGAGAAAAAACUUGUCGACGAGAGGAAAAAAUACUUCAAACGUGGUGAGCUUUUGGCACAGGAAGAGCUUGAGUAUCUCGAGAAAAGUGGCUACAACAAACCAGAUGGCAACACUAGCAAUGGUACAACCACUAAUGAUGGCCAAACAUCGAUCGGGGAUGCUCAGAAGUACGAUUUCAAAAAGCUACCGCGUUCGGAAGUGAUCCGCAAACUGCGCGAGCGUGGAGAACCGAUCCUCUUGUUCGGGGAAACUGAGAAGGAAUCAUGUCACCGUUUGCACCAACUGGAGAUAUCGACACCGGAAAUCAAUCGCGGUUUCCGGAAUGACUUUCAGGAAGCUAUGGAACAGGUGGACGAAGCGUACCUCAAUGAAAUUCUCACAUCAAACGGGCAGGGCCCGGGGAUGGGCAAGGCGAAAAAUUCCAACGAAGAUUAUGCCGUAGACGACAGUGUGACCUAUGAAUCGAUACAGGAAAUGGCAAUCCGACUGGGUCGCAGCGGGAAGGAUCAUGAUUGCGACGUAAUUAUGACCCUUAUUCAAUUCCUGCUAAAAAUUUGGAACGACCAGCUCAGUGCGGCGACGGCGGCAGAGCGGAUGGCAACAAAGGGAAAAAUAGCUCGUGCAACGUUCGAGCAAACGCGCUUGUAUCUAAAACCAUUGCUACGCAAGCUGAAGAACAAAACCAUUCCCGAGGACAUUCUCGACAGCCUGACCGAUAUAACGAAGAGUUUGUUGAAGCGCGAUUACAUACACGCCAGCGAUGCAUAUCUGACUAUGGCCAUCGGCAACGCUCCGUGGCCCAUCGGUGUAACCAUGGUGGGUAUUCACGCGCGUACAGGGCGAGAGAAGAUUUUUUCCAAAAAUGUAGCUCACGUGAUGAACGACGAAACGCAACGAAAGUACAUCCAAGGACUAAAGCGCUUGAUGACCAAAAUGCAGGAAUACUUCCCCACGGAUCCGUCGCGGUGUGUAGAAUACGUUAGCAAAAAGGACAGAGAAGAUUAACGAAAUAAAGCAUAAGUGUA